UACGAGAGAUUUUUGUUGAUCGCCGGCUGUCGUCGGCAGCAGCGAAAGAGCGGACACAGCUUCAAGAUAUUUCCAUAUCGCCGCUCGCUGUUGUGUUCGUACGCCUCCUCGCCGUUAAACGGAAAUCAACCUCAACUCUUCACUUUCGCUGGAGUCGCCAAGCGUGAAUUGAUAUGACAUCAAGCGAAGAGAAAGUGAUCCUAGUGACCGGCGGCACUGGGCUGGUUGGAAAAGCCAUCGAAACGGUUGUCAACGAAGAAAAAAAGAGCGGUGAGCGAUGGGUGUUCGUCUCUUCGAAAGACGCAGAUCUCACGGACAAGCAGGCGACAGAGGCCCUUUUCGCCAAGCACAAACCCACACAUGUCAUUCACUUAGCUGCCAUGGUUGGCGGUCUCUUCAGGAAUAUGAAGUACAACCUCGACUUCUUGAGAAAUAACAUCCUCAUCAAUGACAAUGUCCUGCACACGAGCUUCGAGACAGGUGUUCGGAAAGUUGUCUCCUGUCUGUCCACCUGCAUAUUCCCUGACAAGACGACGUAUCCCAUCGAUGAGACUAUGAUUCACAAUGGUCCCCCUCACGACUCGAACUUCGGCUACUCUUACGCGAAGCGUCUCAUCGAUGUCCAGAACCGGGCCUACCAUUCGCAGCACGGCUGCAACUUCACCGCAGUGAUCCCGACAAAUGUGUUCGGGCCGCACGACAACUUCAACCUCGAGGACGGCCAUGUGCUGGCGGGCCUCAUCAACCGGACACACCAGGCCAAGUCGCACGGCAGUUCGCUGCAGGUCUGGGGUUCGGGAAAGCCGCUGCGCCAGUUCAUCUACUCCCUUGACCUUGCACGGCUCAUGGUGUGGGCACUUAGAGAGUACGACGAAGUGCAUCCCAUCAUCCUCUCUGUUGAUGAGAAAGAUGAGAUAAGUAUUAAGGAUGCAGCCAAGCUCAUCACUGAUGCUUUCAACUUCAAAGGGGACGUCAUUUUUGACACAUCCAAAGCUGAUGGCCAGUUCAAGAAGACUGCAAGCAACAAGAAGCUUCGUUCCUACCUUCCAGACUUCAAGUUCACACCCAUCGAAAAAGCCGUGCAAGAAACUGUUGACUGGUACACCAAGAACUAUGAGACUGCCCGGAAAUAACAGCAUUUGCUUCCUAGGAAUACUACUUUUUCUUUUCUCUCUCUCUCCCUCUCUUAUUUUUGUUUUUACUUAUGUUUAAUGUGGCAUAGUUCCUACUAAUGCUUUUCAGGGAGUGUGUGGUUGAAUGCAAAAUGUGUACAAGGAAAUAAAGUAUAUAGUAUAUAUUGAAA